AUGGUGCUAUGCCAGGCCCAGGGUGGCCCCGUUUGUAUCGCGCUCAGCCAGAGCACGGGGGAGAACAGGGAGGAGGUGACUCGCCGUUUAGAAAGGCUGCAGCAAGCGACUGCAAAUAAAGUGCUAACAAAACAACCUCUUCUUUCACCUGGAAGAACGCAAGGUGAUGGAAUGGAGAGCGAGUCGGAAAGCUCUCCUGAAGAUGUAUUUCGAAAGAAAUCAGAAAGAGGAUGUAGUCUAGGGGACAAAUUAAUUUAUAGGCCAUCAGAUCUUAAGCAGUAUUCUUCCACUCCACCGAUCAUAACUGGAAAGAUUGUAAAUUUGGUGCCAAAACAAGUUACUCCUGCAAAGAAAGACUCCUCUAUUGUUUUGGGAUUGAAAGGGAAAGAACCCAAGUUUAUUCCUUAUGAGCCUUACAAAGCAGCUGUUAAACCAAUUAUUCCUUUUGACAAAAAGAAGAAUCUGGAACGAAAAGUGUCCAAAAAACAUGAGCUUCCUAUUGUUCCGCCAGUGAUACCGAGUGUGGAGAAUGGAACUUUAAGUAAUUCUUCCCUUAAUGUUGACAGUAAUACACAAAAUGACCAAGGACAAGUUUGGGAAACUGAAAGAAAAGCAAUGCAGGAAGAGAUUAAGACCUUGAAGGAUGAAAAUGGACAGUUGGAAAGCCAACUUAAAUUUCAAGCUCAGGUGAAUGGUGAGCUCAAAGCUUUAUUGGUAGCAGCAGUGGGAGAAGAUUUGGAGACACGGGUACAUCUAUUGACGGAAGACAAACUGCAACUAGCACGAGCUCUUCUUUCUUCAGCACAGAGAUUAUCUACUCAUCAAGAGCAAACUGAAUGGCUUGCUGGUCAAUGUGAGGUGUGGCGAAGCAAAUUUUUAGCUAGUAGUAAAUGUCUGUUGACUAUUUAUAGUCUCAUGGUAGAAGAGCUGGCGAAGUGGAAGGCUGCCCUUGGUCAGCGAACAACUGAACUACAGGAAUCCAUGAAACGGCUUCUAGAAGAGCGCAGCCUGAUGCGAGAUUCACUUCUUAAUGCCUACAGAGACCUGUGUGUGCUGAGACAUCAUUUCGACCACACCAAGUUAGCACAUUGUGACCUGCCCUCAUCAAAUGUAUUGGACCUUUCAGCUGGCUGCCAGCGUUUAGGAAACGUGCUAAAAUUACAGCUCCUUGGGUCUGGUCUUGCUAUACAUACUACUGCCGGAGAGCCAGAUCUUACAGGGCUUGAUAUGCGAACUCUGGCAGAAAAGAAUGCUGAGAACUUAUUACUUUCCCCCAACACACUUCUCCUCACAGGACCUGAUGCUGCUUGCAGUGCUGUAAUGGGGGCAGCAGUUGCUGUGGGAGCUCUGGGGCCUGCUCCAAUGGCUAUGAAAUGUUGUGCCCAUUGCAGUGGGGAAGUAAAAAUGGUGUAAAUUUCUUAUAGUCUUCCAGAUGGCCUGUAUCCUGAUAUCCUAGAACAAUUACUGUGCCAAAUGAUAAACUAUCAGUAGAAACUUCACAUGAAUAUUAAAAUGUUAUAUCAUGAAGCAUUUGUAGUUACAUUUGGAUAAGAUUUGAUUGUAUUAUAUCUCAAAAUUUAAAAAAAUCUCAAUUAUUCUAUUUUUGAAAACAAGAUUGUAAAAUUUUAUACUAUUAACUAAUUUUUCAUAAUGUGGAUUCAACAUUAUUCAUUUUUCUAAAGUAUAUGGCCAGAUAAAUAAAUUAGAGCAUCAAUAAUCCAAUUUAAAAAAUAGACAUUAUUUAAUACUAAAUUCAUGCCUAAAUUUUCUGUUCAUAAUGGAUACUUGAUACAUGCAAUAGUAUGGUACAAUUGUUUAUUUUCUUUGCCUUUAAAAAUGUUAAAUUUUACUAGAGCAAUGUUUCAGGUUUUAUCAAAUCCCUUUAACUGAUCACUUGGUUUAUUUUCAAACUCUGGACUAUUUGAUAGUCUGAGGGAUCUGGUCUCAUUUAAUCUGAAUUAUUGAUGUUCUACUGUAAUUUUUUCAUUUAAAUGCUUUAAGAGUCUCCCAAUUUUUAUUAAUCAGAUGAAAUUACAGCAAAGAAGAAUUUACAUAAAAGUGAACCAAUGAGGUUCACACAAAAAUUAAAUCAAAUGCCUAAAAUAUGAUUUCUUCUUCCUUUUAUCUUCCACUUCAAUUAUUAGCUGAAGCAGCAAACCAAGAUAACUUAGAAUCCUGUGUAGAUAAUAUCGUAUUUUGUUAUUCUAACCCAAAAUGGAAAUCUAAUUUGAGAAGGUGCCAAUCGACAAAACAUGUGUCCUGUAUUCAGGUUAUUUUAUUGGUAAUGUCUAACUAGCAUCAAUCAUAAUACAUUUUAUGGAUCCAACUAAAAAUCACUAAGUUCUUUUAAGAAGUUGCAAAGGGGUAAGAACAAAACUAUUUACAAAUACUAUUUUUUAUAUUUAUUGUAAUGUUUUAUGGUUUAUAAUAAAAAUAAAUUCAUGCAUUUUAUCUUCUGA